CCCCCUCUCUCUAUCUCUGUGUGUUUGAGUCUGCAUCUUUUGGAAAGGGCGUGCAUGUAGCUCUCUCUCUCUCUCUCUCUUCCUAUUUCUCCCUUUCUCUAUCUGUCUGAGUGUGUGUGUCGUCGAGGUUCUUUCUUUCUUACACCCAAAAAGCCUCUGCAUGCGGCUCCGCUUUACAAAGUCUCGUUCGGCCACUGCCCCUUUCUCGACUCCACACACACGCAAAAGCACCGCCACCCACCACUAGCGAGCGCGCGCCCCCCUCCCUUUUCCCUCCUCAGGACCCGAGAAUAAUCUCGUAAAUUAACGCCGACCCACUUCGCCAAAAUCCCAUCUUCCAUUCCCCCCUCGCGAUUAUCGAAAGCGAGUGCGCGCGCGUCUCUCGUUGCGUUUUGAUGGCGGAGAGUAACGGCUGAGCUCCAAGGGCCAUUUUUCCGUUCGCGGGUAUUGGACUUUUCCGAGUCACUGCCCUUCCUUCCUUGUUUGUUUCUUCAGGAAAGCACGCUCUCGCGAUGAUUGUAUUGGCGUGCGGUGUAUGUGUGCUUGAAGGGUUCGUUUCAGUUCUUUGAGAGAGAGAGAUUAGAGAGAGAGAGAGAGGGAUAGAGGUAGAAUGAUGGCUCCCGCAACAAACUGGCUAUCGUUCUCCCUGUCUCCGGUGGAGAUGCACCCGCAGCUCAUCGUCCCUCCUUUCGAUUUGACCUCCGCUACUUCCUCUUCUUCCUCCACUUCUUCCUCCUCUCACUACCUCAUCGACAGCUUCUAUGGCGGUCAUGGUUGGGAUAAUCCGAAGCCCCAACUCCUGUUCGCCGACGUCGGGGACGACGCCGCCGAGCCGAAGGACCGCCGGCAGCAGCAGCAGCCGCAGCAGCAGCAGCAGCCGCCGACGAUGGCGGACUCCUCCGUCGUCACGACCUUCCUGGUCGACCCGUACGCCCCGACCCACCACCACCUCCACCACCACCAACACCACCAGCAGAUCGCCUCGGCGCCGCCGAAGCUCGAGGACUUCCUCAGAGACUCCUCCACCACCGAGGACUCCUCCCUCACCACCCACAUCUACGACCGGAGCUCCUCCCACUACUUCGACGACGGCCACGGCCACGGCGGCCACCACCACCACCACCACCACGAUCUCAACGCCAUCGCGGGGUUCCAAACGAUAUCCGCCAACUCUGGCUCCGAGGUCGACGACUCGGGCUCCAUGGGUCGGGCGACCCAGGCCCACCUCGCGGAGUUCAACCGCCACUCGACCGAGUCGGCGGGGACCGAGCUGGGGUUCGCAGCGGCGGGGGGCGGCGGCGGCGCCUUGUCGCUCGGGGUGGUCGUCGCCGCCGCCGCCUCGCAGCCUCAGUCCACGGAGAAGGCCACCGUCGCCGUGACGGCGGCCGACUCGGACGGCUCAAAGAAGAUCAACGACUCCUUCGGUCAGCGAACGUCGAUUUACAGAGGAGUCACCAGACACCGAUGGACAGGUAGAUAUGAAGCGCAUCUAUGGGACAACAGCUGUAGGAGGGAGGGCCAGGCGAGAAAAGGCCGUCAAGUUUAUCUGGGCGGGUAUGACAAAGAAGACAAAGCAGCUAGGGCCUACGAUUUGGCAGCUCUGAAGUACUGGGGUCCCACGGCCACCACCAACUUCCCUGUUUCGAACUACGCUAAGGAAUUGGAGGAGAUGAAGCAUGUGACCAAGCAGGAAUUUAUUGCCUCGCUGAGGAGGAAAAGCAGUGGGUUCUCGAGGGGUGCUUCUAUCUAUCGAGGCGUGACAAGGCACCAUCAGCAGGGUCGUUGGCAAGCAAGGAUCGGUCGUGUUGCUGGCAACAAAGACUUGUACCUGGGCACAUUUGCUACUGAAGAGGAAGCUGCUGAGGCAUACGAUAUAGCUGCCAUAAAGUUCAGAGGCCUCAAUGCAGUCACCAACUUUGAGAUGAACCGCUAUGACGUGGAGGCUAUCGCCAAUAGCACACUCCCAAUCGGUGGAGCCGCCAAGCGCUUGAAGCUCAACCUCGAAGCAGAGCAGAAACCGUGUCUCGACAUGAUUCAUCAGCAACCGACGCCCCGAACUGGCGGGGGCAACAUCAGUUUCUCCGCCAUCCAGCCAUUCCCCACAAUUCCGUGCGGCAUCCCAUUCGAUACCUCAACCGCUCUUUACAACCCGAACUUCUUCCACCACCUACAGCCUAACAUCGGCAGCAGCACCAUUGCCAAUUCCCCUAGCUCCACCUCCACCAUCCCGACGCCGGCGGUGACUGCAGUACCUCAAACAGCUGACUUCUUCAUCUGGCCCCACCAAUCUUACUAGGUAUGACCAGCUUUAGAUAUGUAAUAAUCUGCUAACUAUAGCAACAAAACCCUUUUUUAUCUUUUUUUCUUUUUUUCGUCUCUUUGCGGCAUCCUUAAAGAAGCUGACCUAAAAUGUGAUGACUUGGCUCUCACCCUAACCUCUCUCCUGGCCCUUGCUGGUGUUUAGGCAGGAGAAAAUUUUGGCUAAAUCAAAAGGGUAUAUGAUAUAGCAGCUCUCCUAUGGAUAGGUUUUUUUAGCUCUGUUUUUGAAUUUGUAGACUGAGAUGUAAGAGGGACAGGACCAUAUGCUGUAAUCUUUUUUCGCCGAAAAUCUUUCGGUUUCCCAUUACUCCCCUCGUGGAAUGUAUGAUGAUCUCCCCUCUGCGAAACCGGCUUUCGCCUUUCGAUC